AUGGCAACCAUCCAACCAGGCAACAUUUACAUCGAUGUGCGAAACCACUUAGGCAAUGACCCCACCAAUCCUGACCAGUGUGCCUGCGGUUGGUAUAUCUAUUACUCUAAUGGGUGCGGCCACGUGUAUGAGGACUACAAGCAUGCCUGCGGCGGUACUCGUACAAAGUCUGGGAAGAGUGGAUUCUGCAAGAGUCCUGCGCCUCGGCACAAUGUGCAAACGAGAAUUGCGGGCAAUAGUCCUCUCUGUUAG